UGGUCCAGACAACCUAGUGACCUUUAAAACUUGACUAAAUCGAUUCCUAUCAAUCUAUUCUCACAAAUCUGUGCACCGUACACAGUGAAAACCCAGUCAAACUCGUAACAAAUAACGCAAGCAGUAAAAUCAGAAUGUUUAGCUCCCUCAAAAUGUAUAAGAAUGCAGUGAUGCUGCUGCCCCGUGGACCGGCUGUCGGCUCUCUCUGGAUUCGUGAGCAGAAGACCAUGCCGGUGUACGAUGACGUCCGCCAGAAGCCGGCCAAGCGGGGCUACUCUCCUUUCGGACGGAACCAGAACUCCUGGUCGGAGUGGACGCUGGCCCGACUGGACGAUCUGCUGAACUGGGGCCGCAAGGGGUCCCUGUGGCCGAUGACCUUUGGCCUGGCCUGCUGUGCCGUCGAAAUGAUGCACAUUGCAGCCCCUCGCUACGACAUGGACCGCUUUGGCAUGGUCUUUCGCGCCUCGCCCCGUCAGACGGACGUGAUGAUCGUGGCCGGAACGCUGACCAACAAGAUGGCGCCGGCCCUGCGCAAGGUGUACGACCAAAUGCCGGAGCCGCGUUGGGUCAUCUCGAUGGGGAGCUGUGCCAACGGCGGCGGGUACUACCACUACUCCUACUCCGUGGUUCGCGGCUGCGACCGGAUUGUCCCAGUGGACAUCUACGUGCCUGGAUGUCCGCCCACUGCCGAGGCCCUGCUGUACGGCCUUCUGCAGUUGCAGAAGAAGGUGCGCCGCAUGCGCACCCUUCAGAUGUGGUACCGCAAGUAAACCGAUCGAAUUUAGUUUUAGUCGUGUAAAAGAUCAACUCAAAUAAAGGCCAUGUUCAAA